ACAUGUCUUUCUAUUCCCAGAUGAUGGUGAAUCUUUGCCCAUGUGUGGUUUCUCCCCGGGAGAAGAAGCAGUAAAUGACUAUGAAAAGUAUCCCUGGUUUGCAAGGAUCGUCAUCAAUGAACUGCAGCAAGAAAUCUGCAAGGGAGUCAUUGUCUCUGACCAGGACAUCUUGACAGCAGCCCACUGCUUGGCUGGGGUUAAUGGGAUUGAAGAUAUCAGCGUCAUCCUUGGAACCACCAAUUUUGCAGUAGCUGAAAUCCGACUCCACCCAGAAUACAAUAGUCAGAAAGUAAAAAAUAAGCGCACCCCGGAGUUCUACGAUUAUGAUGUUGCUCUGAUCAAACUCAAAGAAAAGCAGCUUCCAUCUUUUGCAAGACCAGUCUGUUUACCGUGCACAAGAGAAACCACUCGGAUUCUGAGAAAGCCACAUCCACAGACCACAUGCAAGGAUCACGAGGAAGAACUCCUGUAUGAUGGAAAUAUUCGUUCUCUUUUCAUCGCCCCCUGUGAAUACAGCAGUGGCCAGAAAUCUGGAUUGCUCCAGAGAAAUGUGUGGAUCAAGAACGGAGAAAAGAAAAUGGCCUGCAACCUGGAUGCUGAGAAAGCAAAACGCUACGAGAAGGUUGCGAAUAUCUCAGAGAUGGUGAGCGAACACUUCCUUUGCACAGGAGGCACGGACCCACGAGUGGACCCCAACGUUUGUUCAAAUGAUUCCGGUGGGCCUCUCCUCAUUCAGAGAAGGUUGCGUUACAUUCAGCUGGGUGUGAUCAGCUGGAGCGUGGUUGACACUUGCAAAUUCGACAGCUCAUUAUUGUGCGACUCGGAGCCCGUAAAGAAGAAGUCCCCCCCGCAUGCCAGAGAUUUCCACAUCAACAUCUUCAAAAUUCUACCUUGGCUCAAGGAGCAAUUGGGGACAGAGGUGGAAUUCUUGUAAAUUUGCUUUUCUCUUUGCUUUGUUUUAAUAAAUGGAUCAAGCAUUUCCCCAUCCUUAAAACGGAA